AUGGUACACGAUUAUAUAAGAAUAAAUAAAAUUGAGUUGGAACAUGGGUUAUGUGUUGAAGAGUACUAUUCAAAAAGAUCAGGAUUAAGAAUAAUAUUAAAUAAAAUAAAUAGUCCGAAAAUAUAUGGAUAUUUUACUUUAUUAACAGAAGCAGAAAAUGAUGAAGGGCUGCCUCAUACUUUAGAACAUUUAAUUUUUUUAGGAAGUAAUCUAUAUCCAUAUAAAGGUUUUUUAGAUGCUUUAGCAUAUAAAUGUUUAUCAGAAGGAACAAAUGCAUGGACAAGUAUUGAUCAUACAUGUUAUACUAUUGAAACUAUAGGAAUUGAAGGGUUUAGUAAUAUUUUACCAAUAUAUUUAGAUUUUAUUUUAAAUCCAACACUUGAAGAUAAUAUGUUUUUAUCAGAAGUUCAUCAUUUUUCUGAAGAAGGGCAUAAUGGUGUUGUGUAUUCAGAAAUGAAAUCAAUUGAACAUGAUUGUGAUAAUAUUGUAGAAAGAACGUUAUUAAAUAAUUUAUAUCCAAAUAAAAAAAGUGGAUAUAGAUUUGAAACAGGGGGAACUUUAGAUGGUUUGCGGAAAACAAAUAAUAACAGAGUAAAAGAAUAUUUUAAAAAAUUUUAUAAAUUUAAUAAUUUUGCAGCUAUUAUUUUUGGAAACUUUGAUAAUAAUAAAAUUUUAAAUAUAAUUUACGAAUUUGAAACAUAUCAAUUAAAUUUACAUCCUGACCAAGCAAAGCAAAAUUAUAAUUCUUUAAUUCUAGAAAAUAAAAUAUCUGAUCAAAUUAAUAUUAAUAAAAUAAAUGAUAUAAAUAUCUUUCUUCAAGAUAUUCAAAAUAUAAAUAGACCAUGGAAUAAUAAAGAAAAUGUAGAAAAACGAGAUAAAUCACAUAUUGUAAAAAAAUAUUACCCAUGUAAUAAUUUGGAUAAUGGGCAAGUUAGUAUAGCAUGGAGAGGAUGUAAUUGGAAUGACUUUAAAACGAAGCUAGCUAUUAAUUUGUUUGGAAAUUAUUUAACAGAUUUAACUACCUCACCAAUUAGUAAAAAAUUAUUAGAAGAUAAAGAAAAUACAUUUUGUAGUAAUAUAGAUUUUUCAAUUGAAGAUUUAAAAGAAAAUUAUUUUGUAAUUGAUAUUUAUGAUGUUGUUCAUAAAUUUAAAGAAUCUAAAAAUGAUAAAAAAGAAGAUAAAACUGAAGAAAUGAAUGAAAAAAAACAAAAUGUUGAAAAUAAAUCUAAAAUGGAAAUCGUGGGAGAAAUCACAAGGAAAUGUAUUCAAGAAGUAUUUGAUAAUCCAUUAAACAUGACCCGAUUGAAAAAUAUAAUAAUUCGAUCUUAUUUACAGCAUUUAAAAGAUUUAGAAACUAUUCCACAAUAUUUAUUAAUCGAGUUAAUUAUAAAAUAUUUUAUUUAUGGUAAAAGUGUAACAGAUUUAGAAAACUCAUUAAAUUUGAAAAAUAUAUAUCUAGAAUUGUUAGAAGAACAAGAAUUAUAUUGGAAAAAUUUGAUAGAAGUUUAUUUUUUGAAGAAUCCAUAUGUAGAAGUAAGAUGUUAUCCUAGUUAUAAAAAAGCAAAAGAAAUCGAACGUUUUGAAAAAGAAUUAAUAAAGAAAGAACAGGACAAAUAUGGAAUAGAUAAAUUAAAUGAAAUGAUAAAACAAAUAAACGAAAUAAAAGAAGGUAUUAAAAAAAAACCACCUCAAGAUGCUUUAAAUAUUGUCGAUUUUUCAAAAGCCAAAAAUGUAAUAAUUGAUGGAAUCACUGUAUUCAGAAAUUUUGAAUCCGUUGAAAGAAGUGAAAAAGACGAAAAAAAUGAAAAAAAUGAAAUUCUAACAAAAAUUGAUGAAAACAUGAAAAAAGUCAUAUUUCCUGUACAACUAAGUCAAAUAGAAUCCAAUUUUGUUUCUCUAAAUUUGCUAAUUAAUUGUAAUAAUAUUGAUAAUGAAUUAAAAAAAUAUUUACCUUUAUUUAGCUAUUUAAUUUUUGAAACAGACGUAGAAAUAAAUAAUGAAAUUGUAAAAUGCGAACAUUUUUUAGAAGAAUUAAUAAAAUAUAGUAUUAGUUAUGAUUGUAAUUAUAGUUUAGGAGGAAAUGCAAAAGGAUUUAAAUCGGGAUGUUUAGGAAAUUUAUUAUGCAUUCAAAUUGUUGGAUUAAUAGAAAAUUAUGAAAAGUUAUUUGAUUUACUAUUUUUAUCAAUAUUUAAAAUAAACUUAUCAUUGGAAAGAUUAGAAGUUAUAUUAAAAUCAGAGUAUCAGAAUUUAUUACAAAAAAAAACACAACCCAAAACUUUAAUUUCAAAUUUAGAAUAUGUUUUAAGAUAUUCGCAAAAUAGCAAUGCUGGAAUUAUUUCUAUUGGGCAACAAGAGUUAAUUUUACAAAAAAUAAAAGAUAAAAAUAAUUUAGAAGAUUUAUUAUUAAAAUUGAAUAUAUUGAAAAAUCAAUUAUUUAAAUUAACUAAUUUUGUAUUAACUAUAGAUGCAAACUUUUUUAAAAUUAGCAAUAUUUUUUCAUGGUAUGAUAAAUGGUUUACUAAUUUAGACAAAACAAAUUAUUUCGUAAAAUUUCCAUAUAUUGAUAUUUUUGAUUUUGUAAAGAAUCAAGAAAGUUUUUCAAAAAGUUCAAGUUCGAAAUAUUUGUGUACCAAAGGCCAAUAUGCUAAUUUUUCUGAAAAUAACAAUUCUGAGAAUAAUAAUUGUAGAAGCGCUACUGCAUCUACCAAUAAUACAGAAGAAGCAUUAUGCUCAACUUCAAAAAGCAAAAAAUAUAUUUCCUUUGGAACAUGUGUUCAUAAAAAUUUAUUCGAAUAUUUAAAUAUCGAAUUUGAAAAAGAAAAUAAAGAUUAUAACAAAAAUGUAAUAAAUGAUAAAGUAUACAAUGCAGUAAUAUGUGGAAUCAAAAGCACAGAUGUUUCAUAUUUAAAUUUAACAGUAAAAACUGAACCAGGAUAUAAAUCUGAAGAAUAUUCAUGUUUACUUAUUUUAAGAGAAUUUUUUUCAAUGACAGAAGGCCCAUUAUAUAAUACUAUUCGAGGUGGUGGAUAUGCUUAUGAAUGUGCAUUAAAUUAUAAUCCAAUAUUAGGUGAAAUAACUUUACGCAUUUAUAGAUCCAGUGACAUUGUAAAUGCUUUGAUAGAAGCUUUAAAAAUUUUAGAAUAUUAUUGCCAACAUGAAAUGAAAGAAAAUGAAUUACAUCUAUCUAAAAAUAGUGCUUAUUAUACAAUAUUUAGUAAUCAAGAAGUUGCUUCUGAUAGAGCUUCACAAACUGUUUAUUUAAGUUUAAAGAAUUUAGACUUAAAUUUUUAUCAACAUCUAUUGGUAGAUAUUGAAUCUGUUACAACUAGCCAACUUUUAAGAAUAUGUAAAAAAUAUAUUAGUAAAAUUGUUAAUUUUAAAAUAGAUAAAAAUAAUGCAAUUGAUGGAUCAACUUUAUCAAUAAUUACAUCAGCAGAAAAAGUAGAAUUAAUAAAAUCGAAUUUAAAAGAUCGAAUCAAUUUUGGAGUUAUUAAUAAUCUAUCUAUUUCACAACUUUUUCAUUUAUUACAAACUUAUGAUAUCAAUUCAGCUGCUCAUUAUUCUCCAAAUAUAUAUAACUCUAUAGACAAUGAAUUUAUAGAAAAUUCUCAAAAUGAUGAAAAUAAAAUUGAUGAAUAUUUUUCAAAUUCAGAAAGUUGCUUCCAAGGAAAUCAAUCAUCUUAUUCUUCGUCUUCAUCAGACUUUUCAUUUUGUUAUGAUGACGAUUCUUAUCCUGGAUAUUCUGAUGUAUAA